AUGGCAGAUGCCGCCCCCGCCAACGACUCCAACGGCGGCAGCCGCAACCUCAACCCCUUCGCCAAAAGAGACUCCCACUCCGACCAAUCCAUCCUCCUCUACAAGAUCACCACAACAAUCUCCUGGCUCCUACUCGUAGUCUCAGCAAUCUACACCACCUUCGCCACCCCCUCCGGCUCGCACUCGCACAAGUUCUGGCACCACAACUACUCUACGCCCUUUGCGCAAUCCAGCAUCUUCACCUCCAUCUACGUGUUGAUAAUCUUCAUUCUGCAAUUCGGCUACGCCUACUCGCUCUACAUGAGCGACACCCACUACGUCACUUCCGCCGCAAACCUCGGUAGCCACUUCAUCGCCAACAACCUGCUUUUGUUCGGCUUCGUGCACCUCUUCACGCGUGCGCAUUUCUGGCUCGCUCUCUUCUUGCUCGUGCUCAACUUUGGCAACCUGAGUCUGGCGUAUUUCCGCCAUUCUACUGCGCCCAGGGCGAUUCAUAUCGGCACUGUGAGUGGGCCGCUGGCAUGGAACUUCGUCGCCUUGUAUUGGGUUGGAGCUAUUGCGCUUCACUCGAAUCAUUUUGCCGCGCGGAUUGUGGCAAAUGUGUUUAUUUGGGGGUGGCUCGGUUACGGAUUGUUCUUUUUGGUGGCGUAUAAGGAUUACACCAUGGGCUUUGCGUUGAGUGUGCUGUGUUUCUCAACCGGCGUUGGACAGUUCCUUACUCGCCCGCAUCUCUUCCAGCUUCAGUGGGUCUUCGCUUUCACCAUUGGCGGUCUUCUCUUCUUGCUCUCGCUCGCUGUAGGCAUGCCUGGCUUGCUGGGACGUGAUCCCUUCCCUCGUGGUCAGAUCGUCAGCGAGGAUAGAGAGAGAGCACCCUUGUUGGCCGAUGACUAG